AUGGCGGAAGGGAAGCUGCUUCGCGUGCUGCGGGGCGGCUCCGGGACUCGCUCGCUCUCUCUGGCACGUCGGGGGCUGCAGCACCCGCCCCGGGGCUUGGCCAACUUGAGCAACCUGGAGCGCCUCAGCCUGCGAGACAACCAACUGUUCAGUCUCUCUCACGAAAUGGAGGCUCUGAGCCGGUUGAAGGUACUAAAUUUGGGAAAUAAUAAUUUUGAGGAAGUUCCAGAGCAAUUGAAAUAUCUCAUAUCUCUGCAAAAGCUUUACUUGUUUGGAAACAAGAUCACCAAAAUAUCACCUUUAAUAUUUGAUGAAUUGAAGAAUUUAGAACUUCUCAAUCUGAACAAGAACCAACUAAAUUAUCUUCCUCCAGAGAUUUGCAGGCUUGAAAAUCUUGAAUGUGUGAGUUUAGAGAAUAACAAAUUGGAAAAGAUUCCCAAGGAAUUUUGUUACCUUCAGAAUUUACAUGAACUUCACUUAUCCCACAAUUUCAUCACCUCAUUACCUGAAGACAUCCAACAUCUGAAAAAACUCAAGAUCUUGAUUUUGUCAAGAAAUAAAAUAGAAUCGCUCCCUGAUGGAAUCUGCAAGCUGGAGAGUCUUAAGAUUCUUGAUGUUGCAGGAAAUAAUAUUCAGAUUUUUCCCAUAGCAAUGGGAUACCUUCAGCUUGAAGAACUUUACUGUGAAGAUAAUCCAUUGCUUCAGAAAAAACCAGUUAGUGCCAUACAAGAAGAGGACAUUCUCACUCUUAAGGAAAUAACAGCAAGGUUUAUUUUUACUCAGCUGGAAAAUGAAAACCCUCUUUUAUGCAGAGCAGUAAAACAAAACCCACAAGCACAGAAUUUGCUUUCCCAGAGACAAGAAUGUGCACAUUGUGGACACAGCUUUCUGAGUAUGUGGCUAGAAUGUGUGCGCUUCAUAGAUAUAAAACAGAAGCGAAUGAAAACAAGCAAAAACUUGCAGCUUUUACCUGUGAGGUCACUACUAUGUUCAUACAACUGUUUUUACCAACGUGAUCAUGAACUCUUUGGAAUCUCUGUAUUGUAGAGCACACAGUGAAACAGUGCCUCAAUCAACUUGCAGCUAUCAUAGUUUUCCAAAGACCUUUAAAACCUGAAGCCAGUAUUUAUUGCUACAUCAGUAUUUAAUUAAAAAUUAAUAGUUUUUUUUGGAAGUGUAA